AUGAAGUUUUUGAGAGCUGCGGCCUUGAGCACAUUUUGCUUCGCAGGGUUGUUGCAGGCCACUGAUCCAAUUACGCCAGAGAGGGCUGUCAACGAUAUCAAAGUCCGAGAGCUAGAAAACGUGCUUUGGAACUUGCAAAAGAUUGGUCGCGACAAUGGCGGCAAUCGAGCCCACGGUCUUCCCGGGUUCAAGGCGUCGCGAGACUUUGUUCUAGAGCGCGUUGUCAAGCGUUUCGGUGCACGUUUAGACACACGUCUACGCUCUGCAUGGGAUGGCAUUGAUGCCACCGGCAAGAUUGUUCUCCUGAAGCGCGGCACUUGUGCCAUCGCGGAUAAACUCAAGCUGGCGAAACAGCAUGGCGCCCUAGCCGCUGUGCUCUAUCACAAUCUCCCCGGUACCCCGACAAGCGCCACCCUGAGUGCCAGCAAUGUUGGUCUUUUGGUCCCAGUCGGACUUGUUGCUCGCGACGUUGGCGAGGGCUGGAGCACGAGGCUCGCCGCGGGUGAAGACCUUGAAGUGACACUUACAAUUGACGCAAUCUUCGAGCAGCGCCCAGGCUGGAACAUCAUUUCAGAAACCAAGCUGGGAGAUCCAAACAGCGUGGUAAUGCUCGGAGCGCACCUGGACAGCGUCCAGGCUGGUCCCGGCGUCAAUGACGAUGGCAGUGGCACCGCUGCCCUGCUUGAGAUUGCGACGUCUUUCCAAAAGUACACCGGCUUCAAAAACAAGAUUCGCUUUGCUUGGUGGGGUGCUGAAGAGCUUGGCUUGAUUGGUUCUUUGUACUACACCGCGCACCUGUCCGACGCGGAGAAAGACAAAAUCAAAUUUUACUUCAACUACGACAUGAUAGCUAGCCCGAAGCCGAAAUUUCUUGUCUACGCCGACAACGACGCCCACGAAUAUGGUGCAAUCCCUCUCUACGAGUACCUCAAAGCUUCUGGGGCCAAACCUGAAUAUGCGAAAUUUGGUUCCUCGUCGGACUAUGUGGGCUUUCUCAAUGCUGGAAUACCCAGCAGCGGCAUCUUCACUGGCGCCGGCGCACCCUAUGACGAGUGCUACCACCAGCUGUGUGACAACCUCAACAACAUCAACUGGGAUGCGUACGAAAAGAAUGCCAAGGCUGCUGCUCACGUGGCCGCUAGUUUUGCUCUCAAUAUUGACGGCGUGCCUGCACGAAACACCACGAGCUCGAAUCCCCGGUCUAACCGUGGCGUCCAGAGCAGUUUCCGAGAUUGGGCAACUGGAAUCGAGGUUGCCGAGACGCACGCGAGCUGUGGUGGCGAGCUCACUUCUGUCUAG